AUGUAUGCCACCAACAACCAGUUCCGCGACGGGCCCAGUCGCAACGUCGAUGUCGGCAAGCAAGAGUCGGAGCUGAGUACGAACAUCAAAAAGGCCACCUCGCCCGAAGAGACGGCCCCAAAACGCAAGCAUGUCCGUGCAUGCAUCGUCUACACCUGGGAUCAUCAAUCGAGCCAGACAUUCUGGCAGGGAAUGAAGCUGCAGCCAAUCUUGUCCGACGAGGUACAGACAUUCAAGGCGCUCAUUGUCGUGCACAAAGUGAUUCAAGAGGGAGCACCCGUCACGCUGGUGGAGGCACAGAAGCAGACUGGCUGGCUAGAGACGUGUGCUCGCUCGUUCAGCAGCACAGUAAAAGGAUACGGUCCGCUUAUCAAGGCCUACGUCGAGUACCUGACGGCGAAGCUCUUGUUUCACCGCUACCAUUCGGAGUUUAAUGGCACAUUUGAGUAUGAAGAGUACGUUACACUCAAAAGCCUGCACGAUCCGAACGAGGGCUAUGAAACAAUCAUGGAGCUGAUGAAUUUGCAAGACCAAAUUGACUCCUUUCAAAAGCUCAUCUUUGCCCACUUUAAAGGCGGCAGCAUUAAUGAAUGUCGCAUCUCUGCGCUUGUGCCGCUUGUGCACGAGUCGUAUGGCAUCUACAAGUUCAUUACGAGUAUGGUCCGGGCAAUGCAUCAUGCAACAUCGGAAGAUGCAUUGGAGCCACUCAGGACGAGGUAUGGCGCGCAGCAUUAUCGGCUGCUCAAGUUUUACUACGAAUGCUCCAACCUACGCUACCUGACCAACUUGAUUGCGAUUCCUAAGCUACCACAGGAUGCACCCAAUCUCAGCGACAAUGAGGAAAUUCCCGCUUUGCCCAGCAGACCGAAAGAUCCCGAGCCAGUAGAUACACACGAGGAGGACGAAGCGCAGCGCCGACAGGCUGAGUAUGAAGCUCAACAGCGUCGUCUACAAGCAGAUCAAGAUGCGGAAAUGCGACGUCAACAAGAGCUGGCUAUGCAACAACAAGCUGAAUUUGAGCGGCAGCAACAAUUACAGCAGGAGCAGCAGCGUCAAGCACAAGAGAACCUGCAGCAGCAGCAAUAUCAAAUGCAGACUCACGGUAGACUCGCUGAGCUCGAACAGCAGCUGCUGGCUAUGCAAGGUCAGUACAAUAAUGAUCAGCUUAUGCUCGAGCAAUAUGAUCGGCGUGUCAAGAUGCUCGAGACGGAGUUGCAGCAAAUCAAUCAGAAUACUGGCAUGCAAUCACAGGCAAAGGAUGAAUUGAUUCGCUCCCUUCAAGAGCAGCUUGCCGCAUGGAAACAAAAAUACGAGGCGCUCGCCAAGCUCUAUACGCAAUUGCGACAAGAGCACAUGGAUCUGCUGGCCAAGUAUAAAAAUGCACAGCUCAAAGCGUCGUCUGCACAAGAAGCCAUCGAUCGUAAGGAAAAGGCCGAGCGUGAUCUCAAGGCCAAGAAUCUUGACUUGGCAGACAUGAUUCGGGAACGAGACCGUGCUCGACUCGAGCUUGAUCGACUCAAGCAUUCUGGUCAGGAUCAAGUGGAGGCCAAGGAACGCGAAUUGCGAGAAGCAUUGGACAAAAUUAACAAUAUGGAGCGCACCUCUGGCUCUGAGCUCUCUUCGAUUGUCAACCGCAACAAUCGCGAGAUUGCAAAUCUGGAAGAACUCUUGCGUACAAAGCAACGUCAGUUGGAUGAUGCCACGCAAAAGCUUGCCGACAAGAUGCGCGAGAUUGAGAACAUUAUCCGCGACAAGGACGAGGAGCUAGAGAUUUACAAGAUGGGCAUGGAUGAUACGCUGCUCAAGAUGAAUGCGAUGCAAAUGAAUGGCGAUAACGAUGCAAUGGAUGAGCAGAUUGACCAAUUGAUCUUGUCGCAAAUUGACAAGCUCAAUGAGAUUAUUGAUGCUGUGCUGACCUCUGCUGCAGCGCGUGUCAACAAUACGGUCUUCGAGCUGGACGACCCGAUGCAAGCAGGUAAUGCCAACACCACACCAGAGUACCUGUUGUCUGUGCUUGAGAAUGGUGCCGCCGCUGCCAACGAGUUUGCCACGGCCAUCAACAACUUUCUGGCUGAUGGGCCUAAUGCUGAUCAGGCAGAGAUGAUUACAGCAACCGAUGCCUAUGCGUCCAGCGUCUUCUCAAGCUUGUACAAUCUCAAAGGUGCACUGCCGUUGACUGGCAGCGAAGAAAUGGCGGAUCAGCUCGUCAAGGAAGCAAAGACAUUGGGAACUCUGGCCAGCAGCUUCUUCCUAGGCGUUGUAUCCUCGAAGCUUCCUGAGGAUGCUGAUCAAAAGACGGACGCCGUUAUCAACUACAACGUUGACCAGCAACAGCAAAUCAUCAAAGUAUCGAAAAUUGUCGAGACACUUGUUCCACGCAAUGCCUUUGACAUUGUGGCCAAGGCGAAUGAGGAUAUUGGCGAUCUGGUGGACCGAGAGCUUGGCGGUGCAGCGCGUGCUAUUGAUGCGGCGGCUGCCAAGUUGCAGGCCAUCUUUUCAAAACAAGACUUUGAGUUGUCUAUCCACGAGAGCUUAUUGGAAGCUGCUAUCGCCAUCACCAAUGCCAUUGCCGAGCUGCUCAAGGCUGCAACAGAAUCGCAAAAGGAAAUCGUCAAUCAAGGUCGCGGCAAUAGUUCACGCACAGCCUUCUACAAAAAGAACAAUCGCUGGACAGAAGGCUUGAUUUCUGCAGCCAAGGCCGUUGCCAAUGCAACCAAUACUUUGAUUGAGUCUGCGGAUGGAGUGAUUAGCGGCACCAAGUCGCCUGAACACAUGGUAGUCGCGAGUAAUCAAGUGGCUGCAGCAACAGCGCAACUGGUGGCUGCAUCGCGAGUGAAGCAGGCGUUCAUGUCCAAGACGCAAGGUAGACUGGAGGAUGCAUCGAAGCGUGUGAAUGUCGCAUGCAGGGCUAUUGUGCGACUGGUGCAAGGUAUGCAAACAGCAAAGAGGACGGACCAGGAGGACUUUGAGGCGUUGGGUGCGCAUGAAUUCAAGGUCAAGGAGAUGGAGCAGCAGGUGCUGUGUCUGAAGCUGGAGCAGGAGCUUGCCACUGCGCGUCUGCGUCUGGGGGCGAUGCGCAAGACGACCUAUCACCAGGAGCUGGAUCUGUAG